CUUCUCCUUCUUCAUAUUCUAUGCAAUCAAGUUCUCCUUCUUCAUAUUCUAUGCAAUCAAGCUCUGUCUCGAACUAUUGAAAAUUAAUCUUUCAACAAUAACCCAAAUGUUGAGCUCUUCGGUCACGGAAGCCUCAAGUGUUCAUCAAUUUCAGGGGUAAAGCUCAAAGAGACAACAUAGUGAGCUUUCUAAAGUCUAAAUUAGAGGAGAUCAGUGAUAUGAACGUUUUCAUUGACGAGGAUGAAAUUAGAGGCAGGCCAAUCAGUAUACUCUUCCAACGAAUCAGAGAGUCUAGUAUCGCACUCGCCAUCUUCUCAAACAAGUACCCCGAGUCAUGCUGGUGCUUAGACGAGCUGGUUGAGAUCAAGAAGCAGAUGGACACAGGAUCUCUUGUUCCGUUUCCAAUAUUCUACAAAGUGGAACCUGACAGCGUCAAGACACAGAGAGGUUACUUCCUUAAUACUCUCCUCAAGACUGAGGAUUACGUGCGCCAGAAGGUUGAUCGGAGUAGCUCCAAAUCGAUACUUGAAACAGAGGCUAGGAUUUGGGGAUGGAGGCAAGCUUUAGUCUCUGUUUGCGAAAGAAUGGGGUCACCUCGUCAUCAUAAGAGUGAUAAAGAUUUCGUUAGUGAAAUUGCGGUCGAGGUCAAGAAAAUCUUAGACGAUUCAUCUCCAAGAAAUUAUCUUACAAUCAUAGAGAGGCCUCCGAUGCAUCCUCAGGAAGAAGUAACGUCGUUAUUACAAGCUUUAAACCUAAAUAUAUCUGAUCUUGAAGAUCUUAUCACAAAGCCAUCCGAACAUUUCAACGACGUCGUUGUUUCCCUGGGCACUGAUGAUUUGGUGUUUCUUGACUUGAUCUCUCUUCAGAAUCAUAUCCUCGCUUCACGAUUAAGCAGGCCAGGUCAAGCUGGAAAGAUUCUCUUGGUGUUGUUAGGUUCUCUAGAAUACUGAAAUGAGGGUUUUGAUUUGAAGCUUCGUUUGCUGCCCAAGAAACCUCAACAAUUUCUUGGUAACGAAGUUAUUGUCCCAGCUCAAGAAAUCCAAGAUCAAAAAGACCCUUUGUCAGUUCAAGUCACUAAUGUGGUAGCAGACAGGAUUCAAACUACAGAGAGUAAUGAGAAUCUUAGUAACCGUCUUGGCGAAGAUUACAACUCCAAUGCUACUUUGAUCUGCUUUUUACUCUUGUGUAACAUACAUAAGCGUCGUGCAAUGAUAUCCUGUCCUCCUCGAAGAGUGGUCAUCAGUUUUGGUGAAAAACAGCUCGGAAAAUACCUAGUGAGCCUUCUGAAAAAUGGAUUAGAAUCAAACCAAAUCUCAAUGUAUGUAGAGGAUGAGAUGAAGGGCAGGAUUAGCGAGUCAAGGGUUACUAUAGUGGUCUUCUCAAAAAUGUACCCUACGUCAAAGAAAUGUCUUGAUGAGCUAGUUGAGAUCAAGAAGCUUAUGGACGCAGGAGAGAUCGAUACCUUCCCAAUUUUUUAUAACUUGACGGCUGAAUCAGUUAAAAAAUUGAAGGGAUGGUUCCGCAAUAGGCUUCUCAAGAUAGAAGAUGCAGUGCGUAAAAACGUCAAGAGAAGAGAUGAUAAUUCUAUACCUUAAUACUGAAGCUAGAAUUUGGGGAUGGAGACAAGCUCUCUCGUCAAUUGCCUCAAGACCGGGAUUGAGCUAUCAACAUAGGUUUAUAAAUAUAUACAUAUAUGUGUGUUGGCUUUCUAUGUCAACAUUAGUUCUUCACUAUUGGGAUUUCUUUUUGCAGCAAUGAUGAAGUGUUCGUCAGUGAUGUCGUGACCAAUGUCAAGAAACUAUUUGCAUUUAGGGAGACGUCUCUAAUGCAUCGACAGGAGACAGAAGCAGCAACAACAGUAGUCGAUUCCCUUGAUGAUGACUUAUUCUACUCCCAUACUUCCUUCUUACAAGCUCUAAACCUUGAAACUACAGACCUUGAAGGAUUCACAAAGAUUCCGAAGGGUCUCGUUUCUCUGAGGCUGAAAGGGCACACUGAUCUAGUGUUCCUCAACUUUAGUUCUACUGAAAAUCUGGUUCGAUUUCAAAGUUCUGGCUCAUUCAAAUUCCUUGAAAAGGUUUCCCCCCCAAAACUUAAUUUUCUUUUCUCCAUCUCAAGCAACUUCUGUGGCUUCUCAUGACAAUCGUUUGCUAUUAAUACUCUGCAGGAGUUUGCUUUCAGUCCUUCAGGUGUCAUCAGAAUUGAAGAGCCUUCUCUGGUCUAAGCAUCAGACUCCAAUCAAGAAAUUGAUAGAUGACACAAUUUUGGCAGAACACACAUGUUUUGAGAUGGAUUAA